AUGAAGUUCCUCACCGGUCUCUCUUGCUUCGCUGCUCUUGCGAGCGCCGUCGUUCUUGACCUCAACAAGCGUGACAGCCCCAUCGAUGUCAAGAUCGAAGCCGUCGGCAACUCUGGUGUCAAGGCCAGCAUCACUAACACUGGUGCCUCGGACCUCAAGGUCCUGAAGGCUGGUUCCAUCCUCGAUAAGCUCGCUGUCGAGAAGGCCGAGGUCUUCACCGGAUCCGAGCAGGUUGCCUUUGACGGUGUUCGUCUCCGCCUUGCCACCUCUGGCAUCGCCGAGGACGCCUUCGAGGUAAUUCCAGCCGGAAAGACUGUUGAGGUUGAGUGGGAUGUCGCCGAGGUCCACGACCUGAGCGCCGGCGGCAAGUUCGAUGUCGCGGCCAAGGGCUCUUUCUCCAUCGCUGAAGCUGAUGGCACCGACAUCGCCAGCACCGCAAGCUUCAGCUCCAACGUCCUUAGCGUUGAGGUCAAUGGCGCCGCCGCCGCCAAGGUCCGCCGCGACUUCCAUGCCAACAUUAAGCGCACCGUCGUCCAGAGUGACUGCACCGGCACCCAGCGCACCGCCACCACGACCGCUCUAUCCAACUGCCGUGCUCUAGCCGCCGCCGCUUCCUCCGCUGCUGCCUCCGGUCCGGCCGCUAAGAUGACCGAGUAUUUCAAAUCCUCGUCGACCUCUACUCGCUCUACUGUCGCCGCUGUGUUUGCCCGUGUUGCCAGCGAGUGUGGCAGCACCACCUCUGGAGUCUCCCGCCAGUACUGCACUGACAUCUACCCUGCCUGCUCAUCCGGCGUCAUUGCCUAUACCCUCCCUAGCCAGAGCUACAUGGUCAACUGCCCUUACUUCUUCAACAGUUUGACCGCUCUCUCUCGCACAUGCCACGCUCAGGACAGGGCCACCACUGCGCUUCACGAGGUCACUCAUCUCACCCAGAUCAAGGGAACCACGGACCAGAGCUCUUGCUACGGUUACAGUUGUGUCCAGAGCUUGUCUGCGGCUCAGAACUUGAACCACGCCGACACUUACGGUUAG